AUGAACUGCCAUCUUCAAGCCCAUGAAGAGUGUCAAUUUGGCAUCACUGACAGUAUGAUUUUUAGAGUCAUAUGGAAAAAUCAGGAAAAAUUUUUGAAGAGAAAGGAAGGCUUUAAUUAUAGGAUUCUGGAGCAAAGACAAAAAAAGUUCUCCAAGGUUUCUGUCAUCUUUCACUCAUUACAAAGUCUCUCAAAGACAGAGAUUAUGUCCACUGUAUGUCACUUGGAAUCUGGCAUGGUGGUUAUCAAUGGCAUGUUAAAUAUCGAUGUCUUCAUACUUUCUGUAUUAGGUUCCCCAAAGCACUUCUGCAUCUACAGCUUCCCCAUGAGAGCAAGACAGUCGAGCUUCCACAUGGCAUAA